AUGGCACCCGGCCUUGUAUCAGAUUCUCGCCCCGACAGUCUCCCGACUGGAAAGCCUACCCUUUACCUGCUGGACCACUUCCACCCCCAAGUCCUUGCCUACUGCCAGGAGAACUUCAACGCCAUCACAGUCGACCAUCCGCUGCAUGGCCAGUGGAGGGAGAAUGCCCACUAUCUUCUUGUCAGAUCCUCCAGGUUAACAGCCAAGGAUAUUGAGUCAUGCCCAAACCUGGUCGCCAUCGGCAAGCAAGGUGUUGGCAUCGACAAGAUUGACGCCGAGGCCUGCGCAGCCCGCGGCAUCAAGAUCUUCAACACUCCUGGCGUCAACGCUCGAGCGGUGGCGGAGCUAGUCCUCACAUUGGCGACCGCAUCCGCACGCCAGGUCGGUUCCAUAGUUGCCAAACAGUCUUUGGGCAUUCUCGUGCCCAAGGAGAAGUGCUCUGGUCUGAUCCUCCACCGCAAGACCAUCGGCAUCCUAGGCAUGGGUAACAUUGGAAAGUGUGUCGCCAACAUCUUCAGGGGCGCAUUUGAGGCCGAUGUCAUCGCCUAUGACCCAUUCCUCCCCACCGAUGCCUGGGCAGACAUCACCCACAAGCGAGCGCAAUCAGUCGAGGAAGUGUUGGAGGCGUCCGACGUUAUCACAGUCCACAUGCCUCUCACGUCACAGACAAGAGAUCUCAUCGGCUACACCGAGAUGCGAAAGAUGAAGAGGACCGCCAUAGUCAUAAACACGGCACGAGGAGGCAUCGUCAACGAGGCCGACUUGAGACGGGCCUUGGCCGAAGGCCUCAUCUGGGGUGCCGGUCUGGACUGCCAUGAGCAGGAACCUCCCAGUCACGAAAAGUAUCACUCGUUGUGGGAUCUGGGGGUUGUGAGCACCCCUCAUAUCGGAGCUGCUACUGCAGAGACGCAGAUGCAGACAGGAAUGGCGGCUGCGACCUACCUGUUGGAGUUUGCUUUGAGCAGGACAACGUCAUGA